AUGAGGGAGGAGGAGGAGCCCAGCUGGUUCGCGCGCUUCGACGAGGACCUGCCGGCGCCCGACGAGCUCAUGCCGCUCUCGCAGUCGCUCAUCACCCGCGAUCUCGCCGCCGCCUUCGACAUCCCCACCACGCACGGCGGGGGCGGCCCGCUCAGCGGCGGCGCCGACGGGGCCGGCGGCGCGGGCGGCCAGGAGAUGAACGGCGGCGCGUCCUCGGCCGCCGGCUCCAGCGGCGGCAACGGGGGCGGCAACGGCGAGGAGCCGGCCAGGACCCUCAAGCGGCCGCGCCUCGUGUGGACGCCGCAGCUGCACAAGCGCUUCGUUGAUGCCGUGGCGCACCUCGGCAUCAAGAACGCCGUGCCCAAGACCAUAAUGCAGCUGAUGAGCGUGGACGGCCUCACGCGCGAGAACGUCGCGUCCCACCUCCAGAAGUACCGCCUCUACCUCAAGCGCAUGCAGGGGCUCGGCAACGGCGGUGGCGGCGGGGGAGGCAGCCACUCCUCCGGCUCCGGGACCGACGCAGCCACCGAGCACCUCUUCGCCACCGGGCCCUCCCCGUUCCUCCCGCCCGGCCGCGGCCCGGCCGUCGCCGACCCCUACACCCCCUACGCCGCCAUGCCGUCCCACCCCGCGGCGCACCACCAUCACCACCACCCGCAGCAGAUCGGCCACUUCCACCACCCCGCCGCGCGCCCGUUCGGCCACUACGGCGCCGGGCCAGGCGGCGGCUUCGACCACGGCUUCCUGAGCCGCGCCGUGGCCAGCGGCGCGCCAGUCGGCCCGCCCGGGAUGCACCACCGCAUGGUCGGCGGCGGGGCCGCGAUGGGGAUGAUGGCGCCGUCGUCCUUCGCCGAGGAGCUGGAGCUAGGGUCCCGCGGCGGCGGCGGCGGCGGCGGGCGCCGGGAGCUGACGCUGUUCCCGACCUCCGGCGAGCACUGA